AAACACCAAAGUACGCGCCAGAACUGCAAAAAUGCCUGCACCAAGCGAAGACGUGCUGAUAGAGCGCAAGAAGCUCAAAGUGGGCGUCGAAACUGUGAGCAACCAGCAGUCGACCGACUUUCCUGGACACUGGCCAGGCGAGAGCCAUGAGUGGGACCUGGAGCACUUCAAGAACAACAUGCGCAUUGAGUUCAAUCACGAGCACGCCAACAAGCUCGACCUGACCUUUUCCCUCGUCGGCGUCGACACUUCCCUUGCCAACGCCCUGCGCCGCAUCAUAAUCUCCGAAGUCCCCACGCUCGCCAUCGAAGACGUCUUCAUUUAUCAGAACACAUCCAUCAUCCAGGACGAAGUCCUCGCCCAUCGUCUGGGCCUGGUACCCCUCCGCGGCAACCGCGACGCCCUGCGCUGGCUCAAAUGGUAUCAGAAAGACGAAGAUGUGCCCGACCACGAGCCCAAGAGCGAUGAGAAUUGCGUGCGCCUCAGCCUGAACAUGGAGUGCCGGUGGAAAGAGGGCGGGCUGGAGAAGGCGAAGCAGGGCGUCACGGACCCGGACGAGCUGUACGAAAACCACAACGUAUACGCGCGGGACUUUUCUUUCGAGCCGUGGGAGCGGCAGACGGAGAAGUUUGGCGACGACGGUGUCAGAUCGAGCUACCCGGACAUCCUCGUCGCGAAGAUGCGCCCUGGCCAGCACAUCGAGCUGCUUAUGCACGCGUUCAAGGGCAUCGGCCAGGACCACGCAAAGUUCUCGCCCGUCGCGACGGCUACCUACCGCCUGCUGCCCACCAUCGAUAUACUCAAGCCCAUCGUCGGCGCCGACGCAAAGAAGUUCGCGCGGUGCUUUCCCAAGGGUGUCAUCCGGCUCGACAAGGUCUCCUCGGAAGACGCUUCCGCCCACGAGGAGUGCGCCGGCAAGGAAGGCGAAGCCAAAGCCGUCGUCGACAACCCCAGCCUCGAUACCGUGAGCAGAGAGUGUCUGCGCCACCCCGAGUUCGCCGACAAAGUAAAGCUGGGCCGGAUGCGGGACCACUUUAUUUUCCGCAUCGAGAGCACAGGGCAAUGGGACAGCGACGAGCUGUUCCUCGAGAGCAUCCGGUUGUUGAAGGUCAAGGCGGCGCGCAUAAAGAGGGGUUUAACACGGGUCGAUGCACCGGUACAAUAAGCAAACAGCGCAGCAGCCGCGUUCGGCGUUUUACAAGCAUUGCAGGCGUUUAUGGGCAUGGGUUGGCGGUUUGGAAAAGCGUUACGAUAUCACGGGGCGCACUGUGCGAUAGAGAGCAAGCAUCGAUC